GGAAGGCGGAACCGGCGCCGUGCCCGGGCGGGCGGCUGCGGCGGCAGCUCUGGCAGCGGCGGCGGGGCGAGGAGGCGGCCAGGGCAGGAACCGGCGCGGUGCGUCCCCCCGCCGGAGGCGUUCACCUUGCGCGGGGCGAGCGGGGCCGAUGGAGCAGCCCGGGCGCGCCGCCCGCCUCGCCAGCGCCCCCCGCCCCGCGCCAUGAGGCUGCCGUAGCCGCGGCGGAGCCCAGCGGAGCCCCGCGCCGCCCGCCCGCCGCCCCCAUGGCGAAGGAGAGGAGCAGGAAGGCGCUGCUGGAGCUGCUCCAGCGGCCGGGCAACGCGGCGUGCGCCGACUGCGCCGCCCCGGAUCCGGACUGGGCAUCCCACAGCCUAGGGAUCUUCAUCUGCUUGAAUUGUUCAGGAAUCCAUCGCAAUAUUCCCCAAGUCAGCAAAGUGAAGUCGGUCCGUCUGGAUGACUGGGAUGAUGCUCAAGUGGAGUUUAUGGCCUCGAAUGGAAACAAUGUAGCAAAAGCAAAAUAUGAGUCUAAAAUGCCACCGUUUUAUUAUAAGCCAACGUUUCUUGACUGUCCACUGCUGCGGGAACAGUGGAUCAGAGCCAAAUACGAACGAAAAGAGUUCAUUCACAGCGAGAAGCAGGAGCCUUAUUCUGCAGGGUACCGAGAAGGAUUUCUGUGGAAGAGAGGACGUGACAACGGGCAAUUCUUAAGCCGAAAAUUUGUGUUAUCUGAGAGGGAAGGUGCACUGAAGUACUUCAACAAGAACGACGCAAAAGAACCCAAAGCAAUUAUGAAGAUCGAACAUCUAAAUGCGACUUUCCAGCCUGCAAAAAUCGGGAACCCCCACGGACUGCAGAUCACUUACUUGAAGGACAAUAGCACAAGGAACAUCUUUGUCUAUCAUGAAGAUGGCAAGGAAAUUGUGGAUUGGUUCAAUGCCAUCCGGGCAGCACGUUUUCAUUACUUACAAGUGGCAUUCCCUGGAGCCAGCGACAUUGAUCUGGUGCCAAAGCUUUCUAGAAACUACCUGAAGGAAGGGUACAUGGAGAAAACGGGGCCAAAGCAAACAGAGGGAUUCAAGAAGCGAUGGUUCACCAUGGAUGACCGACGGCUCAUGUAUUUCAAAGAUCCCCUGGACGCCUUUGCUAGAGGGGAGGUUUUCAUUGGGAGCAAGGAGAACAGCUACAAGGUCCUGGAAGGGCUCCCGCCGUCCACACAGGGAAACCACUGGCAGCACGGGAUAACCAUCGUCACCCCGGAUCGGAAAUUCCUCUUUGCCUGUGAGACGGAGGAUGACCAGCUGGAGUGGAUUACGACCUUUCAGAAAGUUAUAAGCCGGCCCAUGCUGCCUCAGGAAUACGCAGUGGAAGCCCAUUUCAAACAUAAACCUUAGCGGGGACUGGCUGGGCAGACCUGAGGAGUGAGCUUCUGUUUACAACACAACGUGGUUUUAUUUGAAAUGUUAAAAAUAAUGAAUAAUAAUAAUAACAACAGUAAUAAUAAUAAUACUACUUCCCUUUCCCCUCAUCAUUCACUUGAUCAUGUCGGAAACCAAGAAGGGUGGCAGCAAAACGACGUCGGAGAAGAUGCUGGUCCAACCUGACACUGGGCUCUGUGGCCGCUCCGUGGGAUGUACCGCCGGGACAGGUGCUCCUGCGCUCCCCCCACCCCCAAAAGGGGUGAACCCCCAGCUUCAGCGGGGUGGCCGAGACUGUUGGUGGCACAUCGGGGGGGAGAAGGAGAUGGGGCUUUUCUCCAGGAGCUGGUCCCUGCUGGGGGCUGGGGGUGAGCGACCCCACAGCCCCCAGCUCUCUGCCAGCCCCUGAGCGGUGACACCCCCGGGGGGGUGUGAAGCACCAACCUGGGAACAGGCGAAAUGGUACCGUGCAACGUGGCCAGCGGGUACAUGAGCCGUAAAUGCCCUCACCCGGGGAGUGGUGGUGCUUGGUGGUGCUUGGGGCGCUGUGCCCAGCAAGGGGCAGGUGCCAUUUCGAAAUAACGCAGGAACCGGGCAGCGUCGGCAUCAUUACCGGGUUAAUGAAGGGCACGGAGGAGGGCUGCCCGGUGUGGGACAGGGGCAACCGAGCCACGAGGCGAUGUUGGGGAAGCAAAGCUUUCAUGGUCGGGCUGUACUCUGUUCCCUGGGUUGUUUCUGUUUCAUGGUUCAGGGGGUUCACACCGUUUGGGGGCCCGGUGUGGGCUGGGGGGGGGUGAGCUUUAGGUGCAGUGUUGCUGACAGUGCCGCAAAACCUGCCCCAGCCCACCCCCGGCUGGCGCACGUCCCUCCAGCCGACGGCAUGUUGCUUCUCCGGACUGGUGGUUGCACUUUUUUUUUCCCCAUUAAUUAUCUCAAUUAUUUUUUUUGGUUGAUUUUUCUUUUUCCCCCCUCCCUGCCAAAAACAAAAAAACCCGCUGCUUGAAGUGACGUUUCAGCGCUGUGUUGAACACUGUAAUUCCUGCGGUCGGGGCAGGUGGGCUGGGACCUGCAUACCAGGUGCUGGAUUUUUACCCAAAAAUGAAAUUUCCAGCGUCCGCUGAAGUACCGGCCCCAGACACAGACCUGUCCGACACAUUUCUUACGUUGGUGUGUGUAAAUGAGAGCAUCUCAUCGGCUGUAUGCAUUCGUUCUGUCACUGGUAAGACAACUGUGGUACUAAAUGUCAUUUGAACCAAUAAAUUAUUAUGUCAGA